UUCGCGAUAUGUAGCGUAAGGAACAACAUGGGUUCUGCUGGUAGUUGUGGUAGAGGUGAAAUCAUUCAGAACGAAAUACCCACGUUCAAGAUUGUUCUUGUCGGUGACCCUGAAGUUGGAAAAUCAAGUAUUUUUUUACGCUACACGAAGAACCAGUUCGACUACAGUUACCAGCCUAGUGUCUCUGUGAGCAUAGGAAAUGUUGUGAAGCAUGUCAACAUCCCAUUUGAGACCAUCGUGUCUGUGGCAUUAUGGGACCUUCCUGGGCGAGAGGAAAUGGACUUGCGAAGAAGCUAUUACAAGGAUGUGGAUGCUGCUAUUGUUGUUGUUGACAUGGAUGACAUUGACUCUGUGACUAUGGCAGGAACCUGGAAACAAGACAUUGUCAACAAUGCUGUAUUUACAGCUAAUAAUGGAAAUAUAAAGGAAAACAUUGCAGACUCUAAACUGAUCCCAAUUCUACUUUUGGGGAACAAGAUGGAUAAGCUCAAAUAUCAAAAAGCCGAAGAAGAGAGAAAUGAUGGCGAUGAGAUGACUUACUUAGAAACAGUGCGAGUAUUGGAGGGUGUGGCAUUACAACAUGGCUUUGUCGGAAGUGUUACAGUGUCAGCCAAAGAGAGUGAUAACAGUGUACACGCUGCAAUCCAGUCUCUCAUACGGCAUCUCUUGCAACAGAAAUUGAAGAAAAAAAAAUUGGCUUCAAAGGGUGGCAAACUCAGCAAGAAUGACCCAGAACUUGAAGAGAAAAACUAUGUUACGAUAAGUCCUUUGGAAAUUUCAGAGAAAAAGGAGUUUAUUCCACUUAUUGUUACAAAAGUGCCUGAGUUUGAUGUGUUCUUUGCUGAGUGCAAUGACCCAAUUGACACAAUUCAAAACACAAGUACAGGACUCCUUGAUGCCAUGAAUAAUUUUAAGAGAGCUUGUAGUAUAGCAGGAGUUACUAGCAAUGCAAAGGCAAGUCUUGAAGAAUGUAUAGAUGGACUGAAGCAGUUAAUAAGGACAGAUGAUGAUGAAGAUGCAUUGGAGGCACAUGAAGAUGGAGGGUUUAUCAAGUUGUUAGUGAAAGAAGAAGUGAAGGAACGUGUCAGUGGCCCAGUACAGAGAGUUUUGAAGUCAUUCCACUCAGAGGUUGGUGCUGCAUCCAAAAAAGUUUUAGUUCAGUGUCCUGGUGCUUUAAACAGCCUGCGUGAAAAUGAAGACAAAAUAAAUGAACUAAAAGCUACAGCAUUUGAGCGUGCUACAGCUCGAGGGAUGACGCAGAGGAGGGCUAAAGCAGCAGUCUGCAAUAUUGAUGCUAACUGCACCAGAAUAGGAGAAGCUGUGGCUACAGCAAUGGAAACCAUGACAGCUGUUGAUAAUGACUAUAAAAAGAUCAAGGCAGCUAUGUUGUGGUAACUUGGUGCCUGCAGUAUUUUUAUCUAUGAGCAUGCCUUUGAGGCAAUAACCUGGCAGUAGCUAGCAGUGGGACCACACCCACACUGCAAUUGGAUUUUUAUAGAAUACUCCUUUACCUUCCAAGAACAUACCUAACUAAGAGCUUGAGUUUUAGUGAAACCUCUUUUGUAACAAGUAUGAACCCUUUGAACAACUGAACCCUUUGAACGCAGUCUCUUCUGGUUGAAGUCUUCAGUCUCACUACAAGUCAACACUCCUUUGCAUGAAUACGUCUCUCAGGACACUUAGUGCUGGUUUCGGCUUGAUUUCCAUAUCUCUGUCUAGCAUGGUCUUCAAGGAGCAGAGGAUAACAAGUAGCUCAUUUGAUUAGUUGACGUUGACUACCUAACCAUUUAAUAACAUCAUAUGAAUGUCUAACACUCCGAGGUCACCCCAGUGUCUUUCUAUGAUAUUUAAUUGGUAGAAAACUUUCAAUUUUUCAAAAAGUUGAGAAUAUAUUUUAUGAAAUUACUCAGGGGUAUCAUACAUAUUUCGAGACAAGGAGAAGGCUUUUAAGGCUUUUUGCAAAACGACCUUCCAAACUAUGAAAAGAUAAAUUAAUGUUGAAAGGAUUACAGUUUUUAUUAAUUAU